AUGGCGCCCCAGGUACUGUCACGGUCGCAAGGCGACUUCUUUCUUCGAGGGCUCACAUCGGAUCCACCACAGCGUUCUGACGGGCGAGAUCUUCUCGCCUUUCGUUCUCUCGAUGUCGAGACAGGCGUGGCUGCGCAAGCAAACGGCUCUUCUCGCAUAACCCUUGGAGGUACAGAGAUCUUGUGCGGCAUCAAAGCGGAAGUGCGCAGCUUUGGAGAUGAUAGUGAUGAUGAAGACGAGGAAGCCGAGUUCCGAACCCAGGACGAGCUCGAGCUGGCGAGCGAAAGCAGAAAGAUGGGCAGAAUCAAGUGCUCUGUCGACUAUUCGCAAUCAUUGAUACAUUCCUUUGACAGCAAAAGUCUUGAUUCACUAUCGAUAUCACUCUCAUCUAUGGUGAAUUCGACCUUUUCCCCGCGGUCGUGCCCGCUUCCCCUGCAGCAGCUGCUCAUCAUUGCCAACGCCAAGCACUGGACAAUAUACAUUGAUCUCUUGGUCAACUCGCUCUCAGGCGGCAACCUCUUUGAUGCUGCUUUUGCAGCCAUAUUUUCCGCCUUCUACGAUACACGUGUACCUGUGACGCGUGGUGUAGCGUUCGAGGCGCCUACUACACUGGAUGCGUCGGGCAAGACGGUGCAAGGCGCUUUCGCCAAUGCACAGGGUGAUCUCGAUCAGAUGGGCAUCAAAGGUCUGCUCAAGAAGAAGCCCAAAUCGAAUGCAGCGGGCCCAUCGCGCAACGGAGCUGGGCCAAGUUCAAAAGUGGUCGAUUUCGAGCUCGAGCAUAGCGGAGAGGAUGGGACAACAUUGGAAGGACGCCAGGACUUGCCGCUCUGCAUCACAGUCAACGUUCUACCCAACAGCUACUUGCUAGAUGCCACUGUGGACGAGGAAGCGUGUAUCGGUUCUCGCGUCCAGGUGCUAGCGACACGUAGCUCCAAAGUACUUUGCGUGCGCUCCGAAGGAACGGAAGAGAUCCCUUUCAAGCGCGUCAGCGAGGCGAUUCACAUCGGUACUGUUCAAGCUGCGCGUCUAGCCGAUGCAUUGCUACAAGAACUUACAAAUACGGCUGCUCCCAAUGACGUUGAGGACCAGGACGAUUUGGUACACGCCUCAUCUCAGGGCUCGAUGGACGUUGAUGCUUGA